UUUUGACAGCUUCCAUUCUGCUGCUGUCACUUUCGUCUGCGAUCACGUUUACCAAGGCGAGGACUUUUUCCUAAACUUUCCGAAUAAAAUAUUCUGGAUAGGUUGAUUAUUAACGUUCGUUUCCGUGUAGCAUCUUUUAAUUCCCUUCCAAAAUGCAACCGCAAAUCAUUCUGCUCAAGGAAGGAACAGACACUUCUCAGGGAAAGCCUCAGCUAGUUUCUAACAUCAAUGCCUGCCAAUCGAUUGUCGAUGCCGUACGGACGACACUGGGUCCCCGUGGCAUGGACAAGCUGAUCGUGGAUAGCAAGGGAAAGGCCACAAUCUCCAACGAUGGUGCGACCAUCAUGAAGCUGCUUGAUAUUGUACACCCGGCAGCGAAGACGCUCGUUGACAUUGCCAAAUCGCAGGAUGCCGAGGUUGGCGAUGGUACCACGAGUGUGGUGCUGCUGGCCGGCGAAUUUCUCAAACAAUUGAAACCGUUCGUCGAGGAAGGCGUGCAUCCGCGUAUCAUCAUCAAAGCUGUUCGCAAGGCACUAAACCUGUGCGUCACGCAGAUCAACGAACUGGCGUUCAAGAUCGAGAAGCAUGACAACGAGAAACACCGAGCACUGCUGGAGAAGUGUGCCGCGACGGCCCUCAACUCGAAGCUCAUCCACCAGCAGAAGGAAUUCUUCUCGAAGAUGGUGGUCGAUUCGGUCACAACACUGGAUGCGUUGCUUCCACUGAACAUGAUCGGCAUCAAGAAGGUGGCAGGUGGCGCACUGGAAGAUUCGAUGCUUGUUGAAGGAGUGGCCUUCAGGAAGACGUUCGCCUACGCCGGUUUCGAGAUGCAGCCCAAGAAUUACGACAACGUGAAAAUAGCGCUGCUAAACAUCGAGCUGGAAUUGAAGGCUGAGCGCGAUAAUGCGGAGGUGCGUGUGAACAAUGUGGCCGAGUACCAGAAGGUGGUGGAUGCGGAAUGGCAAAUUCUGUACGAUAAGAUGGAGAAAAUUCAUCAGUCCGGGGCACAGGUGGUGCUGUCGAAGCUGCCCAUCGGUGAUGUGGCGACACAGUAUUUCGCCGACCGUAACAUGUUCUGUGCCGGGCGAGUACAGGAGGAGGAUCUGAAGCGUAUGCAGAAGGCUUGCGGUGGUGCCGUCAUGUCGACGGUGCAGGACAUCAGCGAUAAGGUGCUAGGAAAGUGCGAUCACUUCGAGGAGCGUCAAAUCGGAAGCGAACGCUUUAACCUUUUCCAGGGCUGUCCUAACGCCAAGACUUGCACCUUCAUUCUCCGUGGUGGGGCUGAACAGUUCCUGGAGGAGACGGAACGUUCGCUGCAUGAUGCAAUCAUGAUCGUGCGUCGUACGAUUCGAAAUGAUUCGGUAGUGGCAGGUGGUGGUGCAAUUGAGAUGGAACUUUCGAAAAUGCUUCGCAACCAUUCUCGUACUAUCGCCGGCAAGGAACAGCUGCUGAUCGGUGCUAUGGCUAAGGCGUUGGAAGUUAUCCCGCGUCAGCUGUGCGACAAUGCUGGCUUCGAUGCUACCAACAUUCUCAACAAAUUGCGCCAGAAACACGCUCAAGGUUGUCAAUGGUACGGUGUGGACAUCAUGAAAGAACAUAUUGCCGACAACUUUGAAGCGUUCGUAUGGGAACCUUCCGUUAUUAAGAUUAACGCACUGACGGCUGCCUGCGAGGCUACUUGCAUGAUUCUGUCGGUGGAUGAAACGAUCAAGAGCCCCCGAUCGGGUGGAGCGGAACCCCCACAGCCUCCGAUGGGUCGUGGCAUGGGACGUCCAUUUUAAGCGUGUUCCUUGCUAAUUCUUCUUACUUUAGUUUUGCUCACGCUUUUCACUUUCAUUUCUCAUUUUGCUCACCAAAUAACCCUUUUUACACCUUUGUGGAGACCCACACAUACACACACACCUGCGCACACACUAUUCGCACCGUACAUUCGUUUCCGAUGAAGCACGCAUUUUGCGUAAUAUUAAGUUCACCCGUAACUAACACACGAAGAAGAAAACGAACGGAUCAAAAUGCCUUUUCUAAUGCAUCGCUCUCAUGAAAUGAAUAAAAUACGAGCGAAAUAAUCAAUCUAA